GGAGGACCAGAUUUUCAAGUGAUGCUGCUUCUCAGGUACUCCAGAAUUCCAAAGAUGGCCUCCCGCAAAGAUCUGUGCUGCCCACGCCCGCCAUGCUGUCCCGACAUCUGCCCACAACCAUACGUUGAUGCCUGGAACGGGCCUUGUGUCACAUCCUGCGGAGACUCAAGUGCCGUCGUCUAUCCACCUCCGGUGGUCGUGAGGUUCCCAGGACCCAUUCUCGCUACCUGCCCUCAAGACAGCGUCGUGGGAACUGCCCUACCAAAUGUCCCCUACGGCUAUGGGGGCUCCUACGGAGGAAGCAACUUCGGUGGGUCCCUCAGUUCUGGGAGUGUUUCUGGAGGUGCAUAUGGGGGGUUAUGUAGCUAUGGGAAGAGAUAUGAGAGGAAGUGCUAUUCUUCCCGCUUUGGAGGUUGUGGCUCAUGUUAAAACCAGAAGAAAGAUCCGCAGAACAAGACACAACCAGAACAUGAACGAGAUUAUAGAGUCACCAGUGAGAUAAUAAAAAAGAGGUCCUAUGGCUCCAGAUGGAAUUGCGGGGUGGGAAGUGUUCAAAUCAGGUAUCUAUCCCCUUUCACAUGUUACCCUGAUUGUUUGGGCUUGGAGCUUAGUCUCAUACUCAUAUAGUGCUUUGCCCUAUUUCAUGCUGAACAGUCUUCAAGUAACAUAAUGUUAAGAAAAACAGGCCAUGAGUCUGAAAGCAACAGCUCCCAGAAAGAGAGCAGAAAGCUCUGUGUGAAAUGCAUCCCGUUGCAGAUCGGGAUCACUUGGAUUUCCUCUUGUAAACCUGAAAAUAUUGUCUCUGUGUUCUCAACUCAUUCAUUGGCUCAUGACAA